CGUACUAAAUUACUAAUUAAUAUCUGUAAUCUGUGACUAUCGUGGAGUGCGGCUUUCAAUAUAUUACCAUUAAUCAUUUUAAUUUUAGGAAUCGCCGAUUGAAGUUUUUUUUAAUAUCAAGUCUAUAUGCGAAAAAGUUUUCAUAUAUUAUCCUGUAAUUACAAAAGAUAACCUGCUAGUAUUUUUAUUUCGUUCAGCAGUAAUCAGGACAGCCAUCAGGUUAUUAUGUUACUCAACAAAACCAGCAGGCUGGUGGGAUUCACAAAUCGCUCGCGAAAGGCCAAUAUGGAGAAUAAUUCCACGUCAGAUAUCAUUAUUUUGAGUGGUAAUUCACACCCCGAGUUGGCUGACCUAAUUGCUAAUCGCUUAGGAGUACGUAAAGGAGGAUGUUCGGUCUAUCACAAAACAAACAGAGAAACUAUGGUGGAAAUAGCAGAUUCUAUUCGAGGAAAAAAUAUCUAUAUAGUACAAACUGGAACAAAGGAUGUUAAUAACAAUAUCAUGGAACUACUGAUUAUAGCCUAUGCAUGCAAAACUUCUUCAGCACGUUCCAUAGUUGGAGUCAUUCCGUAUCUGCCAUACAGCAAGCAGUGCAAAAUGAGGAAACGUGGAUGCAUUGUCACAAAACUUUUGGCUAAAAUGAUGUGUAAAUCAGGCCUUACACAUAUUAUUACAAUGGAUUUGCAUCAAAAAGAGAUUCAAGGUUUCUUCGAUUGUCCAGUCGACAAUUUGAGAGCAUCACCAUUCUUGUUGCAGUAUAUACAAGAGAGUAUCCCAGAUUAUCGCAACUCAGUAAUAGUUGCCCGUAAUCCAGGCUCAGCAAAGAAAGCAACAUCAUAUGCCGAGAGACUGCGGCUUGCCAUUGCUGUCAUUCAUGGUGAACAGAAGGAAGCAGAGAGUGAUGAAGUAGAUGGAAGAUACUCACCACCCUGCAUGCCUAGUGUGGACAGGUCUCGUACUAUGGAUGUAUCUGUUGGAGUACCAGUGCACCCAGCUAAAGAGAAACCACCAAUAAAUGUUGUUGGGGACGUAGGUGGCAGAAUUGCUAUUAUGGUGGACGACAUGAUUGACGACGUCCAAUCAUUUGUAGCAGCAGCAGAAGUACUAAAGGAAUGUGGAGCGUACAAAAUAUAUGUAUUAGCAACACAUGGUUUGCUGUCUUCAGAUGCACCACGACUUAUUGAAGACUCGCCCAUCGAUGAGGUGGUUGUAACAAAUACCGUACCUCAUGAGCUGCAGAAGAUGCAAUGCAACAAAAUCAAAACCAUUGACAUAUCUGUACUGCUGAGUGAAGCUAUCAGACGUAUCCAUAAUAAAGAAUCUAUGUCAUAUCUCUUCAAAAAUGUCACACUUGAAGAUUAGUAAUAUGAAAAAAAAAAUUGUUUUGGUGUACCAUGUGAAAAGUUUUUAUAUAAGUAUUAAGUAUUUGUUUUAGUAUUAUUCAUAAUGAUAAAAGUUUAAGGUUAUAUUUUUCAUUUAAGCAUCAGUAAAGAAGUUAGUUUUAAAAUGCUUAAUUCUAAAUAUAUAUUUUAGUUUAUUUAGUUUGUCGUCAUUUGAUAGUCGUUGAAUAUAAAUCAGGUUUUCUAAAGUCAUCUUGAUUGUAUGUAGGAUGAUAGACUAAAUAGUUUAUUUUGUAAGUUUCUCAAGCUUUUUUUACGCAUUUUCAAAUAGCAGGAAUUCAAACUUGAUCAAUCUUAUUAUUAAUUAUACUUUUUUUAAAGAU